AUGGCUGAUAAUAAUCGAAAAAGAAAACAUCAGCGAUGGAAUCCGAAGUAAGUCGUCUCUCGUUGUUUUUAUAAUCAAGUUAUAAUGAAUUAAUUUAUAGAACCAAACAAAAGUCUGUGGAACCUGGUGUAGUUGGAUUAUUCUUCACUUGCGAAGGACAUGAAAAACAAGCGGUUCAAGAAGCAUACAGUAUUAUAGAAGAGUUGUUAGAAAAAUCAGAAAAUUCAACAGAAGAAGUGAAAGAAGAUGAAAAUGUGGAUUCUGAUGAAGAUAUAGCUGAUGCUUUGAAAAAAGCUUGUCAUGAAACAAAAGAUGGAGAAAAAAAUAAAAAAGAAAGUAGACGAUUCAUUCAGCGUCCGACCGGAGUCAAGAAUUGUAUUUUCGUUAGUGUUAAAAACGCGAAUAUUAGCAAACUCGCUGAAGAAAUGGUGGAUUUAGCACAAAAGUCUGCAAGAUGUCGGUUUUUACAAAGAGUCAUUCCAGUAGAGCAAACGCUUGCUGUUGAUUUGAGUAAACUUAACGAUGCAGUUAUGAAAGUCGUGUCUGAAAAUUUGAAGCCCAAAGAAAAUGGGAAUUAUCCAUCAUAUUCAGUCGAAUUCAAGGCGCGCAACAACGAUUCGAUAACAAAAAGUAAUGUUUUGGAAAUGAUAAAUGAUGCUAUAACAGUUUUCGCUCCAACUGCUCGGGCAAAUUUAAAUCGUAUGUUUUUGGCGUGUUUUUUUCAGUUUACAGUUUACUACUUCUCUGGAAAUCGCAAAAAUCAUUCCAAAAAUUUUUUAGACGCCGAAGUCACCUUCUUUAUUCAAGUUUCCCGUACAACAGCAAUGGUUGGCGUUUGCCGUGAUUUUUACACUCGUCGAAAAUAUAGCAUGCGUCCAACUGCCGCAACAGUGUAA